AUGGCGACUAACGGCGUUCCUGAAGCACGUUUUGGCUCUUCAUCGACAAUUCCACUUUGGCUUGACGGGAAGGAAAUUACCAGCAACUCAACUUUUGAGGUUACUUCACCUGUGACCCAUGAAGUUCUCUAUAGCGCAUCCUCCGCCAGCGAGGAAGAUGUGCACAAGGCGGUCGACUCUGCACAGAGAGCUUUCAACACGUGGUCAUUGACGAAACCUCGAGAGCGUAGGGAUAUCUUCCUCAAAGCUGCCAAAGAAUUCGAAAGAAGACGCCCAGAAUUGAAGACUUACAUUUAUAAUGAGACUGGCGAGGCAUCGGCUUUCUUUGAGUUUGAGUACACUGGAGCGAUUGAGACAUGCAUAAGCAUAGCUGGACUUAUUCAAGUGGCGAGCGAGUCAGCUGCUCCUACGGUCAACGACGGCAGCGCGAUUUUACUUAAAGAGCCAUGGGGCGUUGUCUUAGCAAUCUCACCGUGGAAUGCACCAUAUGCACUGGGUAUUAGGGCUGUCCUCUCACCACUUGCCAUGGGCAAUACAGUCAUUUUCAAGGGGCCGGAAGCUGCCCCCGCGACUGCCUGGGCUAUAACAGAUGUACUCCACUCAGCAGGCCUGCCCGCAGGGUGUCUAAAUACGGUUUACCAUAGGCCUUCAGAUGCUGCAGCUAUUACAUCGGCACUAAUAGUACACCCUGCUAUCAAGAAGAUUAACUUUACAGGUUCAACCCGUGUAGGUUCCAUUAUUGCUUCUCUCGCAGGUAAAAACCUCAAACCGACGGUUCUCGAGCUAGGCGGUAAAGCUCCAGCUAUCAUCUGUGAGGAUGCAGACAUUGAGAAAGCAGCGUUCCAGUGUACCUUAGGUGCAUUUCUUCACGCUGGCCAAAUCUGUAUGUCGACUGAGCGGAUUCUCGUUAACUCUAAAGUUCUACCACAGUUCCGCCAGGCGUUCAAAGAGGCAAUAAAUACUGUUUUCUCUGAACAAGGUCAAGGCGUCGCUGGGCAGUUGUUCUCGAAGCUACCAGUGGAAAAUAAUAAAAAGCUGGUUGCUGAUGCGAUCUCAAAAGGCGCUACUACUUUGUAUGGUGAUCCCAACUACAACGAACCUAGCGAGACGAAAAUGCGGCCCCUUGUCCUAGAAUCUGUCAAGCCUACGAUGGAUAUUUACUAUAACGAGUCUUUCGGCCCUAGCAGCUCAUUAAUUGUUACCCAGUCCGAUGAAGAGGCUGUUGCUAUCGCUAACGAUACUGUCUAUGGUCUUUCUGCUGCUGUCUUCACGGAGAAUUUACGACGCGGUCUUCGAAUCGCAAGACGACUCGAGAGUGGUGCUGUGCACAUCAAUUCGAUGACAGUCCAUGACGAGAGUUCAGUUGCACAUGGGGGAUAUAAGCAUUCUGGUUUUGGGAGGUUCAAUGGUCUGGAUGGCUUGAAUGAAUGGGUCCACACCAAAUCCAUUUUCUGGAAGGAUUGA